AUGGAAGAAAUUAAGUUGGUGACAUUUGGUAGUGAAGAUCUAAAGACAGUUCACACACAUUCGACAACGUUACAGCUAAAAUUAAAGAAUUUAGAACAUAUGAGAAUAAGUGCAAACAUUGUUCCUGUCAUAAGUGGAACUAUUCAAAGGAGACAAAUAAACGUUCUAGGAAAAGAUGGCAUCAAGGACAUAAUUCAUAGUGUAGACCUAGCAAACAGUAUUCCAGAGGAAAAUGAAUGUUCAAGUGUUGAGUUAUUAAUUGGAAACGACUUCUAUCGGGACAUUGUUCUCCCACAAAGAAUAGAUAUUCAAUCUGGAUUAUAUCUACUUGCAUCCAAGCUAGGCUGGCUUCUUACAGGAAGAACUGAUGAAAACUCUGAUGAAACUGGAAGUGAAACAAACUUGUUGAUUUUAACACACGGAGAUUGCCAGACUACAACAAAAAUAUUUCAAUCUACUGAUUCUUCGCUUCCUUUGAAACCAAAACUUUUAGAUCUUUGGAAAACAGAAGCCAUAGGUGUAGUUGAAAAUAAAGAGACAUCUGAAGACAAAGAGGUCAUGGAAGGUUUCAAAUUUACUUUGAAAUUUGAAAACGGAAGAUAUCAUGUCACCUGGCCGUGUAAAGAAGAGAGAAAGGAAUUGUUGUCUGUUAAUAAAGAAUUGUCAUUCGGACGGUUAAAAUCGUAUGUCAAAAGAUUAAGAAACAAACCAGAACUAUUCGAGAAAUAUUAUUCUGUUAUUCAGGAACAAUUAAGUAAAGGUAUUAUAGAAGAAGUGAAUAAUACCAAAGGUGAUAUGAUACAUUAUAUACCACAUCAUGCAGUGAUAAAUCCACAAAAAUUAACAAAGACUGCCUCCAUGAUUCUUAGAGAAUUGCUAACAAACAGUGAUAAAGUUAAUGCUUCAAUAGCAAAACAAUAUCGAAAUGAAAUGAAAGAUACUAGUGUCCUUGGUCAUACAUGGAAUUCUAAGUCGGAUACACUUUCAAUAAGACAAUCUAAAAUACAAAGUGUAAAUAAUUUGAUAAAAAGAUUUGCUCUCAAGCUGAUUGCAUCAGUUUUUGGUCCGUUGGGAAUGCUUUCUCCUGUAUUACUUAAAGACAGUACCAAGUUCUCUUCUGUUGACAAAUUGAUUCGUACUACUACUCUUGCCGUACGAUUCAUUAAGGAAAUUAAAAAGCAAAAGUGUGAAAACCAGUCGUUAACAUCUCAGGAAUUGGAAACGUCGGAAAUUAUGUUGAUCCUAUACCUACAACGGACAAAAUUCAGUGAAACUAUCUGCGGUAUAUAUAAUCAGAUAACAACUACCCAACAAAGACAGUUAGGUCUGUUUAUUGAUCCUAAAGGAAUCUUGAGGAGCAAGGGAAGACUGGAAAAUGCAGGAAUAACUGAAGGAGCGAAACAACCGAUUUUGCUUCCGCGUAAUGAGUGGUUUACCUAUCUGAUAAUAGAAAAGGUACAUAAACAAAAUUGUCAUUGUGGAGUUUCUCAAACACUUUCGAAAAUUCGAUAUAAAUUUUGGAUUCCUAAAGGACGUUCAGUUGUUAAAUCAGUGUUAGGUAGGUGUUCGACCUGCCGUUAUUUUGAAGGCGGGCCAUAUAAGAUGCCUGCAUUUGCGCCUUUGCCACCUUCCAGAGUUCAGGAAGCACUUCCUUUCUCAAGAGUUGGACUUGACUAUUUUGGUCCACUGUCGAUAAAAACAAAAGACGGACCCAAGAAAGUAUGGGUGUGCCUUUUUACGUGUCUCCUUAUCAGAGCUAUUCAUUUGGAACUUGUACAAGACAUGUCUACGGAGGAAUUCUUACUAGGAUUCAAACGAUUUAUAUCUCAAAGAGGAACACCUGCAGAAAUUAUUAGCGAUAAUGCCUCUUAA